CAAAUGAACCAAUUCCUGGUAUUAAGAACAGUUCAGCGUAAACGGAUUGCCAUUGGCUUAUUUCCGUUUAACUGAAUUUAAAGUCAUUUCAUAGAAAAGGCUACAGCUGUGAUGACAGUUUUCUAAUGAAUGAAUUUCGUCAAAACUUAAAAGUCAAUUAAAAAAAGAGUAUUACAAACGUUGUCAUGGAGUAUAUUAUGGAGCAGUAUCUUCGACAUACAUCGCACAGUUCAGUAGGACGCGGCCUAAUGGACAAUAUCGAACAUGUUCUCCUACAGGCUGAAGAUCAACUUAGAGCCGGAACAUUUAACUCAGAGAACGGUCGUCUGUUUAAUAGCAAAUUACAUGAGUUUUUGCUCAACUCUAUUGUGUUAGAUGGCGAUAUAGUAUAUCUGUUAAGAGACAGGCUGUGUAAUUUCCAUAUAGAGACGAUUCCACAAACUGCUCAGUGUAUGCUGGGUGUCAUUCGUUACAUUUUUCAUGUUGUUUCAGUUGUUGAUAUCAUUUGCCAGUUCAGUGAUGAUGAGGGGGUUCCUUCCGUAAAUGUAUUUAAAAGAUAUCUGGAAGUUUAUGAUGUAUCACUGAAUACCCUGCUUUCAAAACUGAAGCCUACAGAUUUAGACGAUACGAUAAUAAAUGAAUUUGUGGAGCUCGCAAAGGAGGAUUUUGAAAAUGGGUAUAAUGCUGCCAGCUUUUUCAUUACAUCCGAGGUGUUGAAGUUGGGACAACUUGUUUUUGGGCAGAUGAUAAAUCAUCGGACUACAUUUUUAAAUCUGAUUGUUUUACAAAGUAAAUCAAUAGAUAUUAAGAAAAACCCUGAAUUUGUUUUAUCUCAAUUAAAACCACUUAUGCCUUUACUGGAUAAAAAUAGACCAAUAUGUGCUCAGGCAUUCCAACUACAAUCAGAAGCGUACGAAGAAAAACAAAUUUACAGUCUGGCUAUUGAACGAGCGAAGUCUGCAAGAGAAAAAUUUGACGGUGCUAGGGACAAGCAAAAAAUGACAGACAUAAUAAAACGACUGGAAGAAAAGCAGAAACAUAAAGAGACAUCUGCCCUUGAAAAUAAAGUGAAAUCUGUCAAUAAAGCCGAAACAUCUAAAACUAAAAUGGAACAUGUGAAGUCCAUCCAAGCGAACGAUACCAAAGAAGCCACCCCAGUGAAAGAUAAAGUGAUAUCUAUUCCAGUGAAAGAUGAAGAGAAAACUGCCCGAAACCAAUAUAGUACGAAUAUAGUUCAAGGGAACGAGAACGCAGUUCAAAUUAAUCCAAAAGCACCCCGAAGUUCCGUAGGACUCGGUCUAAUGGACAAUAUCGAACAUGUUCUCCUACAGGCUGAAGAUCAACUUAGAGCCGGAACAUUUAACUCAGAGAACGGUCGUCUGUUUAAUAGCAAAUUACAUGAGUUUUUGCUCAACUCUAUUGUGUUAGAUGGCGAUAUAGUAUAUCUGUUAAGAGACAGGCUGUGUAAUUUCCAUAUAGAGACGAUUCCAGAAAAUGUCCAGUUCAUGUUGGGUAUCCUUCGUUACAUUUUCCAUGCUAUUUCAGUUGUUGAUAUCACUUGUCGGUUCAAUGAUAAUUGGUAUCCUUCAUUUAACGUACCAGCAAGAUAUGCUCAAGUUCGUGAUGUAUCACUAAAAACCCUGAUUUCAAAACUGAAACCAACAGAUUUAGACGAUACGAUAUUAAAUGAAUUUUUGGAACUAGUUAAAGAGGAUCUACGCAAUAGGUAUAAUGCUGCCAGCUUUUUUAUUGCGACCGAAGUUUUGAAGUUGGGACAUCUUGUCUUUGGAGAUAUGUUAUAUCAUCGGACUCAAUUUGUAAACCUAGUUAUUUUACGAUUAAAAGCAGUAGAGAUUAAGAAAAAUCCUGAAUUUGUUUUAUCUCAGUUAAAACCACUUCUGCCUUUACUGGAUAAAAAUAGACCAAUAUGUGCUCAGGCAUUCCAACUACAAUCAGAAGCGUACGAAGAAAAACAAAUUUACAGUCUGGCCAUUGAAAGAGCAAAGUCUGCAAGGGAAACAUUUGACGAAACUGCCGACAAACAAACCAUGACUAAUAUAAUAAAACGACUGGAAGAGAAGCAGAAAAUUAAAGAGAAAUAUGUCCGUAAGGAUAAAGUGGAAACAACUCAAAAUAAAGAUAAAGAAAAAUCCAUUCCAGUGACAGAUAAAAGGAAAGAAGCUCCAAACCAAUAUAGUACGACAAUAGUCGAUAGUAAAGAAAAAUCUGUUAAAAUUCAAGAAACCAAAAUUAUAACUGAUCAUGGCGAAAUUGGUACCACUCACACUAAAUUGUCUCACGAUGAGUUCAACCAUCUCGUAGAAAAAUGGGCUGAAGAAUGUUUUGGGGGUGAUAUUGACUUUGAAGAUACGGUGUUCGAUCCUCAUUUGGAACCUUUUAUACGAGAUGCGGAGGCAAGCCUUGUUCAAGAAAUGUUCAACGAAUCGACAGGGAACAAUUUCCAUGUGGAUCUUAGAAGAUUUAUAUCAUCAAAAAGGGCCACCGAAGCUAAUCCACAUUUAAUGACUUUUUGGACCAUGGUCGUUACAAGCACUUUGAUUGAGCGUCUCGGGGGGGUGUUUAAGAGAGUGCCAGAAACUUUAGUAGGUUACCUUGGAAUUUUGCGGUAUAUAUUUCACGUUAUUGCAGCGAUUGAGAAUGUGGGAAGAUUGAUGGCAUCUGAUGUUUUAUCACCAGUUAUUGGGAUACCGGCUGAUUUAAACAGUCUUUUUGAUACGUGCUGGAAAAAAAUGCCCCUGUUUUUUAAAAAAUUGAAGGAAAAUCCAAAGUAUAUAAAGGAAUUGACAGGAAUAGCAGAACUAGCUUUCCAGAAUGGUAAUAAUAAUGGAUGUUUUUUUAUUACCGAAAGACUUUACGAAUUGAUUCUUGAAAUGAACCAUGGUAUGCCAACAAAAAGUCGACUAUUGUCAGAUCUUCUUAUACUGCAAUAUAAAGCUGUAGAUAGCAAGGCAUUUCCUACACACGUUAUGAAUAUCGCCGGAAUAAUCCAAAGAGUUGCCACUACAAAAGACCACACAGGACACGCUUUGAGUUUUCAAGCAGAAUUUUUUAAAGUAAAAAAGAUUUACGACCUUGCUAUACAAAUAGCAAAGCAAGCCAAAGAAACUUUUCAGUGUGAUGAGGAAAAGGAGAGAAUGGUAAAAUAUAUAAAAGAAUUACAGGAGCUAGAACAAAACAAAAGCGAUGUUCCAGAAUCAAGCGUUCCUUAUGUAGACGGGGCAGAUGAAGAAUAUGAUGACUGGUUUGAUGCUAAAGAUUUAGUUCCACGGUUAAAUGGAGAAAUAGAACAACUUAUUGACCAGACAGAACAAAUUAUUAUACAUGGUAAAUUUGAUAAGAAAGCAGCUGAAGAAUUUGAUAACAUGCUAAUGAAUCAUUUGGGAGGAAAACAUGACCAUGAAAUAGAAAAGAUUUUGAACCGAAUACUACAAGGAUUUGGCAUGAUACUUCAGAGUUCUCAAAGUUUGGCUACAAUUAUUGGCUGCUUACGAAAUCUGUUUCAUAUGGCGAUUACCCUAAAGGCUUGUUAUUGUAUUUACUCGGAAGAUAAUGAAUUGAAAGUGAACACAUCUUUUCUGUGCAUGUUCUAUGUUGUGGCCAAUGCAUUAUUCAGCGCCCAAAAAGGCAUAGAAAAGAAUGUUUUUAUAAAGUUUUGUAGAGAGGUAACAGAUCUGGCUAAAUCGAAUCUCAAAGGGGAUGAAGAUUUCAAUCCAGCAUCGUUCUUUAUAUGUAACGAAAUCAGAAAUUUCCUAACAAUUCUUCCUCCAGAUACUAAUGAGCUGAUCCGUUCGAGGGUAGUUCGUGAGCUUAGUCUCGUUCUUGCUCACAGUUGCCGUGAUCGCCCAAACAAUGUUAUAGUACUAUGCAGAGACGUGAUUGGUUUAACACCUGUAGAUGAUACACUGAGAGAUGUUGAUAUUGAAAUGAAAGUACAGGCUUUAGAAUUACAAGCUAACGCAUUUAAGAUAAAAAAUAAAUUGGAUCAAGCGAUAAAAAAAGCUACAGAAGCUAAAGAUCUUACCAAGGAUCUGGAAGCCAGGGAAAGACUUAAAAAUUUAAUCGCGGAAAUUAAGUCAGAGUUGGCAAAAGAACAAGAUCUAAGAAAUAAACAUAAUACUGAAGAAUUACAGAAGUUACAACAGGAAAGUGGAGCUACAAGAUUGACAAAGAAGACUGAUACCAGGAAAAGAAAACGGAGAAGAUAUAAAAAACCAGAACCAAAACCCAUUGAUGAAAUAAAGAAAUCCAAACAUAGAGAUGUUUCACCUAUUCCUAAAUAUUUACGUACAACAAUCUCAGAUAUUCGUGGAUCGUCCGAUGAUGAUUCCGACGUGGAUUCGUGUGAUAGCUUUCCUCUGUCGGUAUCUACAACAACUUCCAGCAUUGAUCAUGAAUCUGACGAUAGUGCUUACACCUUUUUGUAUAGUCAAGAUAAACACGAAGAUGAAGCGACGGAAAUUAAAGGUUCGGAGAUUCCACCGGAAACAACUUGGUUUGAAGAAAGUGAAGCUGUCUACAGUGGUAAAAAAGAUAAAUUGUCGGUUUGCCUUCAGUAUGAUAUUGACGUUAAAGAUGACAUGAAAGGUAAUCUUCCAUCAUGGGAACCCUUUUACCCAGAAUUGAAGUCUUUAAGAGAUAUAGAUGAAUGUAUUAAAACACAACCGAAUAAAUACAAGAAGUGUAUUAUACAUAUUGAAUCAGCACAAAUAGCUGUCGCUCGCCCAGUGGGUUCACCAACAAGCAGUGAAAUAGAUAUUCGUGGACGAUCGAAAAUAGGACAAACUUUUCACGAGGAUGUUGUUUGUGUUGAAAUCAUAGACGACAAUUCCCAAACAGAUCCCAAUAGAAAUCGUGUUUAUGGUAAAGUUGUGGGUAUAUUUGAUAGAAAUCGACACAGGAACGUAAAGAAUCCGGUAUUUGUGUGCACCGUUGACGACCAUGAAGCUCAUCUUAUGCGACCUAUCUGCAAAACCAUUCCAAAAAUAAGUACUUUUCACAAUAUGGUUGCAAAGAAUUCCCCAAAGAUGAAAAACUGGCGUAUAGAAAUGUAUCAAAUUGAUAAUCACAAAGUAAAAUUCAAAAAGUAUUUUAGACUUUCGCCAGACAAACGAAGUGAAUAUCUCUUUGUUGUAGCUUAUAUUACCUGGGAUUCAAAAUUUGCCUACCCUAAAGGUGUAGUAUUAGAUGUUAUAACAAGUAGUCAAAGUUAUGAAACAUGCCUUAAGGUUCUUGACAUGCAGUAUAAUAUCGAUCCUGUAUAUCCUCAGAAUGUUGUAGAAGAAACUAAAAAACUAACAAAAGGCACCAUCACUUCUCGGAAGGGUAUUGAGCAGGUUAUCACGAUAGACCCCAAGGGUUCCAAAGACCUGGAUGAUGCUCUAAAUAUCGAAUGUAUUUCUAAUAAUGAGUUCGUCGUUGGCAUUCAUAUCGCAGACGUUGCUAGUUGGGUUAAAAAGGGUUAUUAUAUCGACCUAGAAGCGAGAAGGCGAGCUGUUAGUUUCUAUCCAACGAAAUGGAGGACAAUUCAUAUGAUUCCUGAACCACUGAGUCAAAAUCAAUGUAGCCUCAUUGAAGGUGAGAACAGACAAGCCAUAUCAGUUUAUUUUCGAUUAAAUGCUGAAGGCGAAGAACUUGAUGACCCCUGGAUUCAGAAAUCGGUCGUUAAUUCCGUAAAACAGUUAUCCUAUCAAGAAGCCCAAGAAAUUAUAGAAGGAAAGUGGCAGGGAGAUGGUGAGAAAACAGAAUUCGUGAAAAAUCAAGUUAUUAAUUUGUAUAAAUUAUCAAAGUCACUAAGAAAAGUGCGACUAUGUGAUAAGAUGCUACACGUGCCGUACAGUGACGGAGAUACAGGUGAAGACUGUGUUGAAGCUCACUAUUUAGUAGAGGAAUUAAUGAUCAUGGCCAAUUUCUUUGUUGCUAAACUGUUAAUCAGUAAAUUCCCCAGUGGUAUACCAGUGCGUUAUCAGGAAAACCCCGACAAUGUAUCAUUAAUUGAAUGGUUCAACCAGUAUCAAACCAUUGGAAAUGUGAUUUUGAAUCUCCAAGGCAAUUCAUGUGAAAGUGUUGCUGGACAGCACACUUUGUCACUGGGGACAGCUCGAGGACUCGACGGUAACUACGUUACUAUUCAAAAAAAUGUGUGGAAACAAAUCAUAAAUGCUAUUCAAAACAAAGACUUUGAGAAGGCAAGGAGGUUUUUAUGCAUGGAUGAACUGCAUCCAGGACAUUUCGUUGCUCGGAAGAAGUGGGAGAAUAUAAUGGAAACAGCACAAUACACUUGUAGUGCCGAAGAAGGUAUAAACUUGAAUCAUUUCUCACUGCAGAAGAAGCCAUAUACCCAUUUUACUUCUCCCAUCCGCCGUUAUGUGGAUUUAGUUGUCCAUAGAUUUAUUCAUGCCUAUCUUGAUGGAACCAGUGCGCCAUACACAAACGGUGAGAUACAAGAACUUUGCAUCCAUCUGAAUGAACGGACAAAAAUGCAAAAACGGCACCAAAAAGAAACAUUAAAGAUGGAUUUAGCAAUGGAUCUAGGACGGCACCCUGUUCCCUUUAAUGGUUACAUCAGCCAUACCGAUGACGAUGGUUUACAACUUCAGAUACCUAAAUGGAAAUUCUUACCGUUAUCAAAUCAAGAAGUCCCAUUUCAUUUAUUAGAUGUUUGUGAAAAGCCCGAAGUUAAGCAAGCUCAGUAUAUAAAUGGGGACAUUACAACAACUACAUGGAAAAAGAGAAGUUACCACACUCUUGGAACUCAAGUCAGUGUUCGCCCUAAACUGAAGCCUUACGAAAAGCUAGAGUUAGAUCCCAACCAGAAUUGUGUGUAUCUGAAGAUUUCAACCUGGGCAAAGCUCAUUUCUGAUGUUGUUGGUUCGUUGAAUGUCGAAAUAGGGCAACAGAAUCGUAAAAGGCACCGAAAAGAUGCCAUGGGAAUAGUUGAUUCAAUGGGAUUAGAUGGACAAAGACCACCAGUUCGAUUUGGAACUGCCGAUAAGGUGAGCUGUGAAGGAGGAAACAACACUACAUUACUUAAUUUAUGCAGAUUCAGUUACACUUUUGCACCUGGAAGAUUGAUUUCAGCAGAGAUGUCUUCUGUGAUCGAGAAAGGUAUACCAACACCAAAAAUAUCACUACUUCAUUUAACAAAGAACUUGAGCUUCUGUCUGACACAUAAAGAAAAUCCUGUAGCAUGUUUAGCCAGAUUUGCCCAUCAGUCAACAUCAGAAGCAGCAUGGCAAAGCGUGCAAGAUUAUAUUGAAGCUUGGCAUGCAGUUUUAGAAAUGGAAGCUGCUGUGACCAGUGCAAACAGUGGAGACGAGACGAUAUUUCUCGAAGAUGUCACAAUAGACUUUUUAGGGUUACGAAAGGGAUGUUUCAUGUUAGGAUUAAAAUUUUGUUUAGAUAGGAAUAUAUUUGGUUUAGAUUUUGCAGCACCAAGAAAAGAUACUGUGACGCCUAUAUCUGAUUUUAUGUGCAUUCGCUAUGCUCCUGAAAGAGAAGGUGAUAGAAGGUUUACAUGGGUUGCUCACGGGGUAAUGGAAUCUAUAGCACGUGAUGAUGAUAUGCUUUGUAUGCAGUUUAGUUUACACGAAAAGGCAUCCACAUUAAUACCAAGAAAUAUGAUGGAUGGAGCUGCCAAACAGGGUUUUACUAUUGAAAUUUUACCAAGAUCUAAAACUGACAGGCGAUUAAAGAAUGCCCUGCAACUUAAAAAGUUAAACGAUGCGCCUUUGGCUAAAGCUAUUGCUUUAAAUCGUCCUAUACCAAAACUAGAUGGCGAUCAUUAUCACCUAGGCAUUAUGGCGGAGCGUGAUAUUUCAGAAGAUCUACUAAAGAGAAACAAAUUACCAGGAAAUAAUUUAGGUCAGCUCGAGGCCAUUGACAAAGCUUUGACGUCAUCGUUUACUUUGAUACAAGGUCCCCCAGGAACCGGUAAAACCUAUACUGGAAUUAAAUUGGCAUACCUGUUUGCCAAAAUAAAUAACAUCAGGGAAAUAGAAAAAACUGGAGAAAAAUCAAAGGCUGAUGAAGAUGAAAAAAAGAGCCAGAAACAUCAAGUUCUUUAUUGUGGUCCAUCAAAUAAAGCAGUUGAUGUAGUUGCUAGAAAUUUAAAGAAUAAACUUGGUGAAAUUUGCCCGAAAAUAAUUAGAAUAUAUGGAUCAGUGAUAAAGAAUGAAGAUUUCCCUAUUCCGGGGCAAUACAUAUCCAAAUCAGCAGUAAAUCGGGAGGGUCGGUGUCCUAAAGAUAUGUACGACAUUUCACUUCACCAUGUCAUAAGGCAAUCUGGUAAGCCAUAUGCAAAAAAAAUCCGAAAUUUCGACGAGGUAUUUAGAGAAGAGAGACAAAGGCCAGAUUCUCAAGUUAUCUCUGCUAAAAUUAUCCGAAGUUACAACAAACUUGUAAGUGAAGCCGAGAGACAUGAACUUCCAAAUUAUGACGUCAUUCUGUGCACAGCUGCUAUUGCCGGAAGUCAAAAGUAUACCUCGGCAACAAAUAUCUUUCAGUGUAUUAUUGAUGAGUGUGGUAUGUGUACAGAACCAGAGAGUAUGCUUCCUAUUAUAGAAACAAAAGCCAAACAAGUUGUUCUUAUAGGAGAUCACAAACAACUCCGUCCUAUUGUAUUAUGUUCUGAAGCAGCUAAGUUGGGUUUGGAGAGAUCUCUGUUUGAGAGGUAUGCGGAAAGGGCUGUUUUUCUUAACAGACAGUAUCGAAUGCAUCCAAGUAUAUGUAAAUUUCCAUCAACACAGUUUUAUGGUGGCAAAUUAGAGACGGCCGCCUCACUAUCAUGGAAAAUUGACCGUCCAUUGCGAUUUUUGCCAGCAAAUACGGUUAUGAUGUUUUACCAUGUUGAAGGAGCUGAGGAAUCUUUAACUGUUCAUACUGAUGAAGGUCAUGAAAAGUCCAAGUCGAAUACAGCAGAAGCUAAUAAAGUGAUUGAUUUAUUUUUGCACAUGGUAAGAAAGGAAGGUUGCCAUCCUAAAUCUAUCAACAUUAUGACCCAAUACAAAUCACAAAUGUCACUUCUUCAAAAACGUCUAAAAGAACUAAAUUUUGACGUCACGGUAAACACAGUUGUGGCCAGUCAAGGUGGUGAAUGGGAUUACGUCAUUCUGAGCACGGUUAGAUCCCAGCCAACUUUUAACAUUGAACCAUGUCCAACAUUAGGAUGGAAAAUACAAAACCUAGGUUUUGUUGCUGAUCAAAAUCAAACUAAUGUAGCUUUGACCAGAGCAAGAAAAGGUUUAUUUAUAAUUGGUAAUGAAAAUCUUCUCCGUUGUGAUAAAGUGUGGAAAAAUCUGUUAGAUGAUUAUAAAGACCGUGGCUGUAUAAGUAAUGCUGGAGAUAUUCCACGACCUACAAUUAACAGACCGCCAUUACCAUAUUGUUAGAUUAAACAAUAUUGAAGGAAUUGUUUUUUGUUUUAUUUGUAGUCUAUAUCAUUGUUUUAUACUGUGUUUAUUAAUGUUAUUCUUUUUUGUUUUUGUUUUUUAAUACUGUUGUUGAUUUUGAUCCAUGGAAAUACGUAACACAUGUGUAUAUUCAAAACAUGUUUCGCCGUCUUAAUUAGCUCAGCUCGCAGAUGGAGCCGAAAACUAGGACUUUCAACACCAUUUCAUUUCAUUUCAAAACACAAAUCUGUACAAAAUAUAUUUACAACAUUUCUAUACGCCUACAUUGAUAUGUGGUCGUAUAUUGUCAUCGCCCCCGUAUGUUCGCCGGUCCGGCGUCCAGAAGACUUGUGGCUAAAAUUAAUAUCCGAUUGGCUUUAGUUUUAUACACAGUGUUUAAGGUCAUGAGACGAAAAAUCCUAUUGAUUUCCGAUAACUACUGUCAGAGUUAUGACCCUUGGUCACUUUUUUAAGGUCAUGAGACGAAGAAUCCCAUUGAUUUUAAAUGAUUCCAAUAAUUACUGCCAGAGUUAUAGCCCUUAAUAUUAAAUGAUUUGUGUUCUAAAGGUUAGUAUAGGACUACUUAGCUGCUGUGGUUGCAUGACAGCCUAUCGUAAUUUUGGAAUUCAAAAUUAAAUUAAAAUAUAAUAUUAAUUUAGUUAAUAGGUAGUAUUAUUUUCAUGAUACUUAGUUUCUAAAACUUUUUGUGCUUUGCUCCCCUUAUGUAAUUUGUUCUCGUUUACAGCGUUGAACAUAAACGUCAUAUCAGUGUAAAUAUAAAUAAUGUUCUUUUAACAUUGUCUAUUUUAUUGCUUUAAAAUUAUAUUGCUUUUCGUCUUGUUGAUUUUUUCUGUUUUUUUACGCUACAUUGUGAUCUAACCCGCUUUAUAUGAAAGCCGUAUUCUGUCAUUGACAAUCACAUAAGAGAGAGAGAGAGAGAGAGAGAGAGAGAGAGAGAGAUUUGUCACGUACAACAGUUUACUUAACCACACAAAAAAAACAAGCCUUGUAUACAAAUACCGAACAUUUGGUCAAACGAUCUGAACGCCGAAUUAAAAUUAAAACAAAUGCCAGACGUUAUAAUGAUGUUGUCGUGUCGUCUACAUAGCAGGGGUGUGUCCAGAGUUACUCCCCUAUAACCCCCCGCCCCCGACACGCCCUUAACAGACUCCAUACUAUGAUUUUAAGGUGAACGGUAACGUCUACACCGAAGUGUGACGCAAAUAAUUCAUGAGGUACAAAGCAUUUUUUUAUUCUUAUUCAGUUUGCACAUAAAACUCAGCAAGGUGUGAUAGAUUAUUAUAUAGUUCAUUUAAUCAUUGACAAUGUUUUAAUUAUCUAAUUCCAUUAAAUGUGUUGGUUUUUUUUUUAAUACCAUAAGUCUAAUUAGGCCAUAUUUUUUGCAGUUACCAGUAUAUGUGCGUUUUGUUUGUUUAGUUGUUGGUGGUUUUGGUGGAUGCAUCACUAUUGUUUAUAGACUGAUCCGAAGAAUAUAUUCUUGGUUUUGUGUUUGAUUUUCUGUUAGUCUUACGAAUGAAUAUAUGGAAUUUGUUUUGAUAUUUUCCUCCUAUCUUAAUAAGAGAAUGAAAAGUCAUUAAUCAUAUAUUUUCUAAUAAAAUCUGGCACAUCUUUUU